CCCGAAGACUCUUCCAAAGCACCCUUGAAGUGUCCUUUGGCCCUCCGGAUGUUGCUGAUAAAAUAUCCCUGCAUCCCCUCUUGUUCUACUCUCUGGUCAUUUGGUGAAGGGGGAGGGUCUCCUGGGCAGUUUCUGGACUGAGGGGCCAAAACUCACCAGCCUCUGAAAGGCGGACCCCGCCUCUUCAAUUGGGGUCCGAAAAGUCUCCAACACAUCUAACUCUGGUUGUGGAGAUUCUGUCCCAGUUGAGGUGGGAAGAUGGCAAAGCCGCCCUCGCCUUAGGCCAGAAGACCUCCACAAGCCCUUCCUGCCCAGGGAGAUGCCCCCUCCCUCCCUCCCUCCCUCCCUCCCUCCCUGCCAGGUGCCCAACAAACGUGGCUUUGAAACCCAAUCUUCUUUUCCUGCUCAGCUCCCAGGUUCCAGUGCCGGGAGAGGCAGAUAAAUAGCAGCAGGUCCUGGGGGCCCCAGGUGCAUUUCCCGCCUGGUCAUCAUGGAGCUCGGGGGCACAGUAGGCAUCUUCCUAGGCAUUUGCUUCUCUUGCUUGCUGCUCAUCUCUGCAUGGAAGCGGAUGCACAAAGAAGGGAAGCUGCCCCCAGGUCCCACCCCGCUGCCCUUCCUUGGCAAUAUCCUGCAGCCUUUCGUGACUUUCUCUCCGUGGCCUUUCCCGCAGUUGAAAGAGAAAUAUGGGCCGGUGUUCACAGUCUAUCUGGGCCCACGGCGGGUGGUGGUUCUGUGUGGACACGACACAGUGAAGGAAGCUCUGGUGGACCAGGCUGAGGAGUUCAGCGGCAGAGGGGAGAUAGCCAGCAUUGACCGGAACUUCAAUGGUUUUGGAGUCGCUUUUGCCAACGGGGAACGCUGGAAGCAGCUCCGUCGCUUCUCCCUCACCACCUUGAGGAACUUUGGGAUGGGCAAGAGGUCCAUUGAAGAGCGGAUCCAGGAGGAGGCCCAGUAUUUGAUGGAGGAAAUCAGGAAAACCAAAGGCCAGCCCUUCGACCCCACCUUCUUCCUGAGCCGCACGGUCUCCAAUGUCAUCAGCUCCGUGGUCUUUGGCAGCCGCUUCGACUACGAAGAUAAGACCUUCCUCUCCCUGCUGCAAAUGAUCAACGAAAGUUUUAUGGAGAUGAGCACCCCUUUGGCACAGCUCUACGACAUGUAUUCCUGCAUCAUGCAGUACCUGCCAGGAAGACACAACCGCGUUUACUACCUGGUUGAGGACCUGAAGGACUUCAUUGCCGGGAAGAUCAAAACCAACCAGGCAACGCUGGAUCCCAGCAACCCUCGCGACUUCAUUGACUGCUUCCUCAUCCAGAUGGAGAAGGAAAAAGGAAACCCUUCCACCGAAUUCAACCUGAAGAAUUUGGUCCUGACCACCCUCAACCUCUUCUUUGCUGGGACGGAAACCGUCAGCUCCACCCUGAGAUACGGACUCCUCUUCUUGAUGAAGUACCCAGAAGUGGAAGAGAAGAUCUACAAGGAGAUUGACCAGGUCAUCGGCCCCAGUCGCCUUCCUGCCACGGAAGACCGGCUGAAGAUGCCCUACACGGAUGCCGUAGUCCACGAGAUCCAGAGGGUGACGGACAUUGUCCCCAUGGGAGUGCCCCACACGGUGAUCCGGGACACUCAGUUCCGGGGGUACCUUCUGCCGAAGGGCACGGACGUCUUCCCCCUGCUUGGCUCAGCCUUACGGGACCCCAAAUAUUUCAGCGACCCCGAGAACUUCAACCCCGGACACUUCCUGGAUGAAAAUGGCCGUUUUAAGAAGAACGAGGCCUUUGUGCCGUUUUCCUCUGGGAAACGCGUCUGCCUGGGGGAAGCCAUGGCUCGGAUGGAGCUCUUCCUCUACUUCACCACCAUCCUGCAGAACUUCUCGCUGAAGUCAUCUCUGCACCCCAAGGACAUCGACGUCUCCCCCAAAAUGAGCGGCUUUGGGAACAUCCCCCCCGUCUACCAGCUGAGCAUGCUGCCUCGCUGACUGUGGGCGUCUGCCUGCUUCUCUCCAGCCCCCUUCCUGAUGCUGUCCUGUCUGAGCCCCACAGCCCUCCCUCCUGGGACAGGUUUCCAUCCAGGUGGCUCUUGUCCUGGGUGCCUCCCUGCCUCCUGCUGGGCCAGGGAAGCAGAUCGCAGGGAUCUGCUGGGUCCAAUGGAUUCCCUUCCUCAGAGCAGCCCCUGUCCUGGUCCAGAUCCCAAUCCAGGGGAACAGGGGGGGGGGCAUCUGUGGAGGAGGAGCCCAUAGCAUCCCAGUUGUAUUUAGCCCUGGGGAAACUGCUUCCCUCCAACCCCAACUGGGAGCUCUGGCCUCUGCUCUUCUCUCUGCCCCACUGGCGCCCGUAGAGGGUUGCUGCACCCACCCCCACCCAGCCUAAGACCUUCUCCUGGAGGGGAGAGAGAUUUGGAGCAGGGUGUGCUCAAUUCAGUUGCUGGAGAGUCAGAACCAUCUGGAGGUAUUAACAAAUGCCCUAAAGCCGGCUAGGUGUUCCUUCCGGCUCCGUCUGGCUCUUUAGCCGGAGCCUUCCUCUCGUCUCUCCUCCCCCCACCGCAGCCCCUUCCUGGCCCAAAGGAGGGUCAAGGACAGCUGACCGCAGGCACUUGCUGUGGGACAAUUCAACACUGUAUUAAUCAUUGCAUUCAACUGCUUUUGCUACCAUGGCCACAUUUUUGUCAACAUUAUUGUAACUCUUACAUUUCUGGGCUGACUUUGUUAUUAUUGAACAUGGUUCCAUCGAAAUCGAAAUAACUUUUGUAUUUGUUGGACUGUCCCAGUUGGCUGUGGUGAGUUGCCCAUGGCGGGUUGCCCCCUUCCGCCCCAAGAGAGAGCCUGGAAGCCCCCCGCCCCAGAAACUUUGCCCAGGAGCUUCCUUGAUACGCAGCGGCAUUUCCAGAGAGUCGUCUGCCAGCCGUCUUCUCCCGUCUCUUAGCUUAGAAAUCUGCCUGACCUUUAAAACUGCAAUUUAAAGCCUGUUUAGAGAAAUAAGCACACGCGCGCGCACACACACACACACACACACACACACAGAGUAUUUUAAUAACAAGAUAUUUAGGAGAAUUGAGUGAAAUUGCGGAAGCAGAGGUUGCUGCAGACAAUCUUCCUAAGCAGAAUCUAUUUCUGAAAUCAUUUUUUUGUUUCCUAUGAAUAUUCCUUUUACUAUGAACAUUGUGAAAUCAUAGAAGUUUUAAGAAGAAAGAGUACAAAAUGCUGGAUUUAGUAAGGAAAUGCUUAUUAUGAAUAAUCCUGUACACAGCCUGGACAAAGUUUAAACACAGAAUAAAAACAUGUUUUACUAUCAA